AUGAAUAAAAACCCAGAUUUGAACACAUGCAGCAUCAUUAUUCUGCUUCAUCUGUUGAAGAGAGAAUCUCAGAUUUUGUCCUGCAGUAGCUUUUUUAUCACAGUCAGCUCUGACCCGUGCAAUAAUUACAACACUAUUGAUGAAUCUUGGAGAGACAUACACCAAAACCCAUAUCAGGACUAUGGACAUGAUGACACUACUGUUAAGUGGAACGGCUGGUAUCGACUGUAUUUGAAUGGAGAAAGUGCUCAGAUGUCUGAAUGGUGUGUGAAUAAAAUGGGAUGUGGUGGUCAAACGGGACUGUUUCUCAACGGCUCUCAUCCAAAACUAGAAGAUGGAGUGGUGACCCGUGAGGUUGUGGGAAGUUAUUUGUGGGGGUGGUUCUCCAAGCGGUGUGAUCAGUACAGCUCCAACCCCAUCCAAGUCAAAGCCUGUCCAGGAGAUUAUUAUGUCUAUGAAUUCAUCACACCAAAUGUGUCACUCAACAAGCCCUCAUACUGUGCAGUUUCUUUCAGCAGCAUCAUCAAUGAUCCCUGUUACAACUAUGAGUCUCUGGAUCGUCCCUGGAGAGCAACAACUGAAAGAGGAUUGGCGAUUAGUGAUACAAUCUUCUCCUGGAAUGGCUGGUACAGACUUUAUCAUUAUGGGAUGAACAUCCAAAUGCCAGAGAGCUGUGUUAAUGCAUACAGCUGUAACUCAUACACGGGUCUGACACUUAAUGGUCCUCACCCUCAGAUAGAAGAUGGGGUGGUGAUCCGUGAGGUCUGUGGGGCAAGUUUUUGGAGUAGUAACUGCUGUGAUUACAAAUCAAAACCCAUCAGAGUAAAAGCCUGUCUAGGAAAUUAUUAUGUUUAUGAACUUGUAAAUCCAGAAGACUCGUGGGCAGGAUAUUGCACAGAUGUCAGCACUGUAACACAGGUGGACUACACAACACCUUCAGCUAUGAUUACUGGAUCCAGCGUUACCAUGAGUGAUCCAUGCUCAAACUACAACAUACUGGAUGAAUACUGGAGGAACACACACAAUUACUGGUAUGAAUAUGGAUAUACAAAUGAACAUGAUGACACUCAUGUAAAAUGGCAUGGCUGGUAUCGACUCUUCCUCAAUGGAGUGGGCGCUCAGAUGCCUGAAUGGUGUGUUAGUUAUAUGGCAUGUGGAGGUGUCAGUUCUCUAUGGCUUGGUGGUUCUCAUCCUAAAGUAGAAGAUGGAGUUGUUACUCGUGAAGUCCACGGCUCUUAUUAUGAACAGUGCAGUCGUUUUACAUCAAACCCAAUCCAAGUCAAAGCUUGUCCUGGAGAUUAUUAUGUCUACAAAUUCACCAGACCAAGUCUAGCGAUUGCAGGCCCUUCAUAUUGUGCAGUUUCUUUCAGCACUCCAAGUGUAGACCCCUGUGACAGCUACACCAGUCUGGAUCAGUCCUGGAGAGCCACUAAUUAUCCAGUAUAUAACUACAAUGGCAGGUGUGAUUAUAAUGUCAAGUGGAACGGCUGGUACAGACUUUUCCUCGAUGGUCAGAGUACUCAGAUGUCAGAAUCAUGUGUUAGUCCGAAUAUGUGUGGCACUUUUUACCCACUGUGGCUCAAAGAUCCUCAUCCACAGCUGGAGGAUGGAGUGGUCACAAGACACGUCUGUGUGUCCUCAUGGAACGGCUGUUGUGGUUGGGAAUCUCAUCCCAUACAAGUCAAAGCCUGUCCAGGAAAUUACUACGUUUAUGAGUUUGUCAAACCAAUGCUCUGUGCUGCUUACUGUGCAGAAGGCAACACCACACUGCCAAUCCAGACAACAUCAGAGACUCCGCCCACAGAAUUCAUUACUCCGCCCAUCACUUACACUGAAGUUGAUCCCUGCUCCAACUACAAUGUAUUGGAUGAUCUCUGGAGAUCCACCAGUAAUCAGGAUUUAUCUCAGACAAUGUGUGACAGGUUUGUGGAUUGGGCGGGUUGGUAUCGACUCAUCAUUCAGGGUGAGAGUGUUCAGAUGCCAGAAACAUGUGUCCCAGAGUACAGAUGUGGUACUGAUGCACCACUGUGGUUAAAUGGUGGACAUCCAACGGUUGAAGAUGGAGUGGUCACACGAGACGUCUGUGGUCACUGGAGCGGUGACUGCUGUUAUUUCCACUCCAAUCCCAUUAGAGUCAAAGCCUGUCCAGACAAUUAUUAUGUCUAUGAAUUUGUGAGCCCUAUAACCUGCCAUUUGGCAUACUGUGCAGAUGUUAAAAACCUCACUCAUACUACUGUCAGGCCAGAGACAACAAUCACCGAAGAAACCACAGACAUCACUAUGACAAUGACAACCCAAGUUAGAGAUCCCUGUUCUGAGCUCAACUGUACUGAAGAUGAAUGGUGUGGAGAGAUGAACAGUGUUUACGGCUGUUUAUGCAAUGACAACCAAACCAGAUCUGAUCCUGACUCUUUUGAUUUCUUUGAAACCUGUGAAAGCAGUACAGGAUCUAUAUCUAUAUCUCGCUGUCAGCUCUUUGAAGCUGGUUUUUCAGCUGAUGGCCUGCACCUCAAUGAUCCCAGCUGCAGAGGAAUCAUCCAGAACGGCCGAGUGGAGUUUAGUUUUGAUAACAAUGAACACACCUGUGGUACAAAUCUUGUGGCCAAUGGCACUCAUAUCAUUUAUGAGAACUUUAUUUUGGGAGCACCAGGGUCAUCCGAAGGUCUCAUCAGCAGAGAGAGAAUUCUGCAGAUAUCUUUCAGCUGUGUUUACCCCCAAACACAAACAUUUUCUAUGAUAGAAAUCAACCCACUGGAGAGCAUUGUGCACCAGACCCUUCCUGCUGGUCGAGGGAUGUAUCAGGUCCGAAUGAUCCCAUAUGAGGACGUUGGGUUCUCUCAGCCCUUCAAUGGUAGUGUGGAUGCAGAACUCAACCAGGAGAUUUUUGUUGAGGUUCGUGUUGAUGGGGUUGACAGUCGACAGUUGGUGACAGUGAUUGACACAUGUUGGGCUACACCUGUGAAUGAUCCAGAUUACAGUCUGCGCUGGGAUCUCAUCACUGGAGAGUGUCCAAAUCCACAUGAUAACACAGUGAAGCUUCUUCAGAAUGGUGUCUCAACAUCCAGCCGUUUCUCCUUCAGGAUGUUCAUCUUCAACUCAAACUCCACUAAAGUUUACCUGCACUGUGCUGUUCAUCUUUGUCUUCUGGCAAACAAUUCCUGCUCAGCUCACUGUGUCUCCGGAUAUCACCAGAGGGUCGGCAGGUCUCUGGACUUCCAUGACAGCUCUUCUAUAUCCAUGGGUCCUUUCGUCUGGUCCGAUGGAAAUGCAGAGAAUUGGGCUCCAGAUUUAGUGCGAGUGUCCGGAGGUCCAGGUCUGUGUGGUUGUUUGAUGAUACUGCUGGUUUCACUCCUGAAUGUCAUCAGCUACAAUUUAGACACUGCGCUCCUGAGAAAGACCAAAACAGAUUCAACAAUUAUGUCAUAUUGCAGUGAAGUGUUAUUUUAUUAA